AUGAUCGAAGUCAUCUACAUCGUGCGGCACGCGUUCCGCGCCAACUGGUCCGUUGAUCCCCAAACGGGUAUCUACACCGCCUCUAUGGCAAGGAAUCCGACCGGGAUACCCACUGAUCCGCCUCUGACGUCCAAAGGUGUGGACCAGAGUAAGGAGUUGGCCGAGUUUCUGAGUAAGAUCGAACCCCCGGUUGAGAGAAUCUACUCAAGCCCUUUCUAUCGCUGUUUGCAGACUCUCAAGCCAUUCAGCGAUAAGCUGUUUGAGGAGGGAAAGGCAAAGGGGAGGAUCAGGAUUGAUCGUGGCAUUGGAGAGUUUUUCGGGCGCGCACACUUUGAACACCCUAAUCCACCGCAUCUCGAGCUUCUGACUCCUCAUUUCCGGAACUUAGACGACCAAUAUGCGUCUGUACACAUGCCGGGAUCCAACGGCGAGUUGAUCGUGGAGCUACACGAACGUGUUAGGAACGCACUAGAUCACAUCGUCACUACACUGGAUAACGACCCCGAGCAGCCGAAGACCGUCUUAUUAUGCACCCACGCUGCGACUAUGAUAGCAGCCGGCCGGGUGCUCACGGGAAAAAUGCCGGAGAACCCCGACGAAGAUGACUUCCAGUGCUUCACGGCCGGGCUGUCCAAGUAUGUGAGGAGAUCAGCGGACCCCAUGAAAGGCGUUGCUGGAAACUGGGAAUGCGAAAUGAACUCCGAGACGUCCUACCUCUCGGGCGGAGCAGAGAGAGGCUGGCACUUCAGUGGCGAAGAGAGUUUUGUAGACUUCUCGGAUAGCGGUACAAAAGGUGAGGAAAGCUCGAAGUUGUGA